AUGCCUCAUUUUAUCACGCAGCAUUCCUCUGGACAAAGUCAGACUACCGUACAUGUGUACAUACCUGGUCAACAACAACAGCAGCAACAACUACUACAACAGCAACCAUGGCCACCAUACCAACAGCGACAGCACCAACAACAGCUGCCAUGGUCAUCAAGGCCACAACACCAGCAACAACAACAGUACCAAUCAUCAGAGCAUACUCGACACCGAUCCUCACUCUCUGCCAGAGUCUUGACACAGGAGGAGAAAGACAUUCUCAUGGCACAAAGGAUUGCGCACCAGGAAGCGCUAGAGUAUGAUGCAUAUAGGGAUGAGGACAACACUGAUUUGUUGUACGCAGAAGAUUGUCCCAUAUCUGGGGAUAAUAGCAGAGGCAGCAACAGAAGUAUCAGCAGGAGUAACAGCAGGAGUAGUAGCAGUAGCAGCAGUAGCAAUAGUACUAAUAGCAGGGAUUCACGCAGCAAUAACAGCCACCACCAUCGCCACAACAACAACAGUAAUAGCAACGCCGAAAGAAGCAACGGUAUGGGUAAUAACAGUAGCAGCAGCAUAAAUACCAACAGCAGCAGCAGCAAUAUCAACAUCAGCAGCACUAGUAAUAGCAACACAAACGCAGCAGCCAAUCCACGGCCUUUGUCCACUAUCAGUGGCCAUUUCGCGACAAGAGGUCUGAGAAUCAUAGCUGAACCGUCUGAUAACAACAUACCGAUGUUAUUUGUAGUAACUCCACCAUUGGAUACAUCUUUGAUACCUAGUGCAUUUGACUCUUUCCAGAUCCUGAUCCCCUGUCAAGGUCCCUCUGUCUGCAGCAACGACGCUAAAUUGGUCCAUCUGACAGCUCAUAGUGGAUAUACAAUCAAGGUCCCCUCGAAUAUCCUUCAUAACCAUCAAGGUGCCAUCCGAAGUAUUGGCAGAAUCUUCAGUCCUGUAGUUCAGGGCGCUAGUAUGGCCAGUGCGGUUUCUGGGGGGCCUCGGAUACCCACGAGUUCUCUCACCUCCGGGAUGACAGAAACCCUGCGGUUGCUGGGUAACCGGAAUCUGAGUGAUAUAGUUGGUUUGAGCCUCCAAGACAUGUAUAGGGUCCAAUCUUUAGUUGAUUCUCAUCAACAAAUCGCUAUGAAGUAUCUCCUAUUAUCUGCAUUAACGGACAACAAUCAGAAUACGACAGGGGAUCUCUCGCGCCUGUCGGUCUAUAACGCAAACGGACAUAAAUUCGUUUGGGUUUGUGCCGAAUGUCGAGCCCUUCUUCUGAAUGGCAAGCACAUUGAUCGAUCGCAUCAUACGACUGUGGAGGAUUAUAAAGAGCUGAGUAAGCAUGAAAAAGAGAUCAAUGUGGUCUUGAAGGACUUUGUUUCUGCCAAGGUCCUGACCGAGGCGAUUAGAAAUAGUGCUGUGGCCGAGAAAGUCGUUGUCCGGGUCUUACCAGGCUACUUUGAGCAGCGAGAUCGAAGAGAAACCGAUCCUACCGUUUUCAACUCCAUCUGCAGACAAUUCUCUGGCUUGGGGAAGGCUCUCCAGGAACGACCACUUCUCACAAGUCUCGAGAUUCGGUGCAAUACAAUCACAGGCCAGCUGUAUGAGGGCUUCGACCAGAUUCUAAAAUGUUCAACAUUGGAGUAUCUAACUGUCAUUGGUGUGCCGCUUCUCCUUCAAAAGGACAAGCUUUUGAUCGACUGUAAAAAGUUGAAGCGGCUGGUACUGGACGGUGUGUUGGUCAAUACUGAGGCUUCAGCCGCUAAUUUGGCUAAGCUUAUUGGGAAUGCUACAAUACUUAAGGCUCUGUGUGUGUCUCGAGCUGCCUUCACGCCACCUUCGCUUAAUGGGCUUUUCGUAGACCGGCAUCAAAAGAUGCAGAGACAGCUAAGGAAGCUCGAAGAAUUGGCGUUGCCCCGUAAUGAUCUCGACGACUAUGGUGCAGAGAAGUUUGUAUCAUUUGCAUUGAAAGGAAAUAGUCUUAAAGCACUCGACCUCCGGGAAAAUCCUUCCAUAACCAAUGAUGGGUACCAACAAAUAUUGGAAUGUUUGGCACGCCAGACGCGUCAGAUUACUUUUGAUUGUCGAGAGUAA